AUGUCUGGCCCACUCGAGCUCUCCGCUGCAUCCCAUACCCUCUCGCCACCCACUACAGACGCAACUACACCUAAUUCAGAGCAACUCACCACGUCGUCACUCCCAGCCGACCAAUCCCGCUUCCUCAGCACCCCCUCCCCACCAACCUGCACUUCGACCGUCAUCGACUUCUCCACCACCCCCCUCCCCGAAUACGCCAACCACUUCGCGCUGCUGAUCUCCAACCUCCUGACGGCGAGCGAAUGCGCCCAGCUCCUGCAGCUGGCCGAAUCCACCACCCGCCCGCCGGCGACCUGGUCCGCGGCCGAGAUCAACAUCGGCUACGGCCGGCAGAUGCUGAUGCGCGAGGCGCGCAACUGCGGCCGCAUCAUCUGGGACUCGCACGCCGUCGCGCAGCGGCUGAUGCAUCGCAUCCGGCCACACCUGCCGGCCGAGAUUGUCACGGUGCAGGACAAUGCGCGCAUCACCGGCUACGGGCCGGUCAAGAGGGGCGAGACGUGGAGGGUCAGCCGGCUGAAUGAGCGGUUACGCUUCUUGCGCUAUGAGCCGGGCAUGUAUUUCCGCGAGCACUGUGAUGGCUGCUACGUCACGCCGGACGGGAGGGAGAUAUCGUGGCUGACGGUGCAUGUCUAUCUUAACGGGGGGGAGGAGGGCAGCGAGGACGCUGCCUCCUCGCCUUGUCCAGCCGAGGCUGUGCAGGUCGAUGGGGGGGAGGUGGAUCGAGAUCCAGCUACGGCUACGGAUGCGCAGAAGCUGCGGUUAAAAGGAGGAGCGACACGCUUCUUCUCUCCCCGUCUCUCCGCGCGCGAUAAGACGUGCUUCGAUGUUAAUCCGCGGAUGGGCGCGUGUCUGGUCUUUCAGCAUAAGGGGCUCGUGCACAGUGGAGAGGAGGUGGAGCAAGGCGUGAAAUAUACCGUCAGGUCUGAUGUCAUGUAUGAGAAGGUUUGA